CAUUGCAAAAUGAAGUCGCUUGCAAUACUUUUGGUCUUAGUGCUUCAGUCUUUUAAAUCUGGUUAUUCAGCUCAGCUUCACGGGUUGAUGACCGAUGAAGAAAUUCAAUCCGUAUUUCAAAGCAAUCGCGAUAGUGUACCAAAGUAUGAAGUAGUACCGAUUUUGCACUCAAUGAAUAAAAAAAAUGUUAAGUAUCCCGAAGUUUAUUUCCAUGCUUUUGGAAAUGAUAUAUCGUUAUACUUGUGGCCUGCCGAGGGAUUAUUAUUUGGAAAACACACACCUGUUUAUACGGUACAGAGUGAUAAACUGUCGUCAACAGGCUUACGUUACACAGAGUACGAUGAAUAUGGUAUCUAUUACGCUUUUCGUGAUGAUAACAAUAAUGCAGCGAUAAUUGUUCGCGAUGGAAUGUACAACAAAUAUAAAUUUGAUGGAACUUUUAACAAAAACUACGUGAUCAGAUCUCUGCCGCCUCGCGUGAUAGAAAAUGUGAUACUUAAAAAUAUAUCAUUCUUCAAAGCAAACUUAUUCCCGACACCUCAUUCACGUAGUUCAUAUUUUCUGACUAACCAUCACGUUAUAUAUCGGAUGAAUGACACGAUUAUUAAGCUAAAGAAUCCUAGAAAUAUCAUUUUUCCAGACAACCCAGUUGUGAUUAAGAAUUAUAAAACUAAUGAUGGAACUAGUGGAAAAAUUACACCUAAUGAAAUUAUAUACCCGGAGAUACUUUUGCUGGUUGACUACGACACAUUCAAAUCCUUCGGAUCAGAUAUUUCAGAGACUCUGGUAUAUAUAGCGGCAUUUUGGCACGGAGUGGAUUUACGUUACAGACAAUUAACGGAUCCUCAAAUAAACAUAAACCUCGCGUCAAUAAUAAUAGCAAUGGACGAAGAUGCAACACCGUACUUGAAUGGAUACCGCGUUAAUGAUAAUGCAAUAGAUGUUGAAGCUAUGAAGCCUAUGGGGAAGUUUCUGUACAAUGAAACUAAAUUUGGAAAAAAUUCUUAUGACAUUGCUGUCUUGCUUACUAAAUUGCAAGUAUGUGAAUGGACUUCACCAAGAAAUGAUAGAUCACAAUGUCUUCCUUUAAGAGGAAUAAGUAACUUUGGAUCAGCUUGUGCGUGGAGUAAGAACAAUAAAGCGGUUGAAGCCAUCGCAUUUGUACAUGACGAAGGAUUCAAUGGAAUUGCUACCGCUGCUCAUGAAUUAGCUCAUGUAUUGGGGGUACCGCAUGAUGGGUCAGCGUCAGCUCGUUAUGUAGGAGGUCCUGGAGCUACCAGGUGUAAAUGGGAAGACGGAUAUUUAAUGAGCAGCAAUCGGUUUGACAAAAAAGCAUUCACGUGGUCUAAAUGUACCAAAGAGUGUUUCAAGCAUUUCUUGCAGCUACCGAUAGCUAAAUGUCUUUUUAAUAAACCGACGAUGAACAGAGAACUACCGAAGAUUUUACCGGGGACGCUGCUGUCUUUAGAUGAACAGUGUGCUGAGGCAGGAGCUCUAGAUGCUUGUCACCACGACGAACGAGCAUGUACGUUGCUUUUCUGUUCGAGAAAAAAUAACUCUGAUGAGUGUUUCUCUACUGGACCGGCUGCUGAAGGGUCCACUUGUGGCAAUGAGAAGAUUUGCAUUCAAGGACAGUGCGUUAAUAGAAGACAAUGGAGAACUCCUGGUAUUAAACAUUAGUAUUACACAAAAAAGAAUUAAAAUUGUAGAUAUAAAUGAAAAUAUUAAAAUUUAUAGAGAUAAAAAUUUAUGUCA